UGCCAACUCAAGUCAGGCUCAACUUCCUCCCCUUGCACACUUUCGCUCUUUAUAUCUCGACCAUCACAACAUGGGUAAUGAUGGAGGAAGUAUUCCCGACCGCCGAGACUUGGUUCGCAGCAAGCCCAAAGCGGAGCAGGCGGACAAGGCUAAUCAGACGCGUGCGAGGUGGUUCUCUUGUGCUCUCUCCAAGCGCCCCUUGCAAGAGCCUAUCGUCGCAUGCGCUCUUGGGAAGCUGUAUAACAAGGAUGCCAUCAUCGAAUUCUUGUUAGAUCGGUCGGCAUACGGGGACGGUGCAGAUAUAUGCGGCCAUGUUCGGUCAUUGAAGGAUAUCAAAACCCUCAAGCUGACCCCUAACACUGCACCAGCCUCUGCUUCCCCUGAUUCCGCGACGGACCGUGCCAAGUUCGUUUGCCCACUCACGUUGAAAGAGAUGACCGGUCACGUCCCCUUCGUCUACCUCUCAACAUGCGGGUGUGUGUUCUCGCAAGCAGGCCUCAAGACUGUGUCCUCGUCAACUCCUCCAAACGAGAAAGAGCCGACGCUGGACAAGGAGGAAGCCGAUGUCGAGGCACCGAAGCAGCAGUUAGACAUUUGUCCUCAGUGUGCUGCUAAGUACGACAAGAUGCAGGACGUUUUCAUCAUCAAUCCUUCCUCAGAAGAAGAGGAACGGAUGCGUAUGGCUAUGGAACGUCGUCGUGCUCUGGACGCCUCGAAGCCAAAGAGCAAAAAGCGAAAGCAUACUUCUUCGAAAGGCGACGGCGCAGCUCCUGAACCGCCAUCGAAGAAGAAACCAUCGACAGAGGGGUCAAGUGUCAGUGCACAUAUCGCUGCCACCAGCCGUGCCGUCGCCAGCAGUCUCGCGAUGGAGGAGGCGAAGCGAAAGGCCAAUAUGAGCGAUGCUGUAAAGUCGCUAUAUGCACCGAAGGAUGGGAUAAAGAGGAAGGAGACGUUCAUGACCAUGGGCACCUUUACGCGGUAUGCUUGAUCGGAGGGUUUCACUUACUAUCGUAUGGACUUGAGGUGUGUUGUAUGUACUUGGCUCACUAUUGUAUGCUUCCAUCGCGCUCGGGCGCUUCAUUGACCGCG